AGUCAAUCAUGCUUAAUGGUUGUUUCUCUCCUUCUAGGCCUGGGAACUUCCCCUAUGCAUCCAUGUUCUCAGAGGGUACCAGUCUCUUUGCCUAUUAGAGGUAAGGGUGUUGGUACAUUUGUCCUGUGUCCUGGGUUUGUGUACACAGGAUUGAUGCGUUAUUCUGCACCAAGAUUUAGUUGGGCCAAAAAGCUAUUUUUCCUGCCCAUCAUGUUUUUCUUCAUGCGCACAGCAAAGCAGGGUGCGCAGACAUCGAUCCACUGUGCUGUCUCAGAAGAACUUGAUGAAGUGGAAUGGGCCUUUUUGGCCAACUGUAAAACUGAGAAACUAGCAGAUGUUGCACAAGAUGAAGCAGCUUCGGUUAGGCUCUGGGAUGUAUCUAUGGAUCUUGUAGGGGAAAAUGGUUCUGAUUUGUUGGGAGAAGAAGGGGUCCUUCUUGAUGUGGAAACUCCUCCAGAAACUGAUAAUGGAAUUGAUGAUGAUGUAGUUGUGAUUGAAAAGUAAAUGAAAACCAAUUUAAGGACUUCUGCUGAAUGUAAAUUAAAUUACAUAAAGUUUUGAAACUAAAAAAUGGGAAGAUGUACAUGUACUAUAUUUAAAGUUGUUUCUGGUGUAUGUAUCACCUCAGCAUCACUACUUAUAUGCAAAUUCAUAACUUAAGAUAUGCUUUGUUAUGAAGUUCUUGAAUGCAAUCUUUAAUGUGAUGUAUUUGGUCAAAUGUUGUCAGAUAGUUUAUGGUAAAAUGAGUAGAAAAUAAAUUUAGCAAUUACAGAGAAACUGGCAAAUAGGAAUGUUAUUGAUUGCUAAAUAAACCAAAAUUACUUUGUAAAAAAAGUAUUUAUAUGAGAUGCAAAAUGAAUGGUGAAAUUAGCACGAGGGAAAUAAAUUAGUAUGCAUAUAUGUAUAUAUAUACUGGUGUAUUUUCUAUUUUUUAAACAGCUAAAAUUUUAUCUCUCUUGUAGAGCAAAUGUGCAAAUUGAAACUGGUAAGCAAGUGUGUUUGUAUGUGAAGUAUACAAUGAUGUGAAUUUUCUAAAAUAGUUUAAAUAAUAAUGAAGUAUUUUCAAAUGGUAAUGGAAUUAAUUGGUUGUGAAUUGAUUAACAGAUGUGAUAUUUAAAAUAUUUCUGCAAGGUUAAGAAACAGAUUUUAUUAGUAGUAAGACAAAAACCUAAAGAAAUGUGUAUUUUUUCUAAUUUAUUGCAAGUACAGAUGUGUCUGUUUAUGGAAAUGGCUGAAAAGCAUAAAUUCUAGUUGAACGAUUUGUGAUGAAGUGGAUAAUUGACUGAUUUUUGAAUGCUCAUGAAAACUUCUAAAAACUUCCUUAGAAAUGAGUGAUAUUAUUUUGCAUCCUAUUCAUUAAAAUCUUAAAGAAGUAAAUAUUUCCUAAACCAUUCAAUAAACUCAUCAGUGUGGUAGAGGUUGUUGAACCAAAAAACUAAAUGAGUCUGGGAAGAUAAAGAUGCUAAGUUUGAAAGUGAGAUAUAGGGGACCUUGUCUGUUUGUAUGCAUGUUUGAGUGGAUGUAGACUUUCAGAGAUUGAAGUUUUUUAUAAAGAAAUUUUAAUUCUGUCCAUGGGAUGGAGGAAAAUUGGGUUUGUGAUCAUUUGUAUACAUAGUUAUACAUAUUCUGUAAAUACUUGGAACAACAGUAUGUAAUGAGUUUUAAAUCAUUUUGUAAAUAGAAAAAAUAAAUUGUGAAUAAGA